CUUCAAAGUGUUUUAAAAUUGAAGUAACUUUAAUUUGCUUCCUUGGUGGGUGGAACUCUUGAGGCAAUUAUUUCUAAAAAUCUCCACCAUUAAGACAGAAUGCUGGGGGAACGUGCUGUUGCAACUGGCUGCUUAGGGUCUUUGAAUGGUAAAAGAGAAGGAAACUGGGAUGAUGAGGUGACUAAUAUGCUGAACCGCGACUAUGAGGACUGGAGGGACCCAGAAAAGACUUAUAUGGUUCCCUGUGAGCUCUCGUACAGUAGCCAAGAUGAUGGAGAGAAGGCAGAAAAGAAGGUUUUUGACCUAUUGCAAAGUUUUGGAGAGAGUCAGUCAGAAGGAAUGUUUGUGAUCCACUCCUACAAUUUCGCCGAGAUGAUUUCCGAAUGGAGUAAGAAAUCGAAUAGGAUAGAAAAGAAGUGGUUGACUGGAGAGCAUGAUUUUGUUGUUCUUCAUCCCAAAUGCGGAUUUAUAUUUUUCCAGGUGAAGGCAGCAGUGAGAACAAAGGAGAAAUUUUCUGAAGCUAAUAAACAAUUGCUCAAAGACAGACAAUCCUUACAAGCAUUUGUUGCAAAGGAGGCGAAGGGCAGAAAGAAAAAGGACAUUAAUCAUGAAUUGUUCACAUACCCAGGAUUUGUUGUUAUGCCCAACUGCCCACGCCCAGAUGAUUCUGUUGUAAUUCCUUCUAAUGGUGUCUUCAAAGAGCAUUGUGAAAGUGUGGAGGCAUUUUCUAAAUGGUGGGAGGACAACGUUAAGAGGGAGAUGGAUGUCAAUAAAAAAUUGUUUGAAAUCCUUGUUAUGCGCUUUGUUGGAAUGUCACACAGCCUUCCUUGCACCCUAAGCGAGUCAAUUGAAGAAAACAAAAAGGUGAUGGAGAUGUGUACAGAAAAGCAGUUGUUAAUAAUUCUCAGCUCAGCGUCAGAACAAUGGAUAACAGGCCCAGCUGGUAGUGGAAAGACAUGGCUAUUGAUGAAAAAAGUAUUAAUGCUUGCUAAGGAUGCACUUUUUCGAGAGACAAAAGAAAAAAUACUUGUGGUCUGUUACAACAGGCCUUUGUCCAAGAUGUUUGCCAAAACAUUUGAAGAUCAUUUGAUCAAUCUUCUGCAGGAUGGUAAUUUACAAGAAGUUAUUACAGUCAAGACUUUUGACUCACUUCUCCUUGAAAUUACUGGGUCUGAAUUAGGUAAAUCUGAUGAAGAGAAGGCAGAACAUGUUUCCCUAGCCUUGAAACGGUUAGAGGAAACUGGUUGUGCCCAACAAUAUGAUCAUAUAUUUGUUGACGAAUGCCAAGAUCUUUGUGGUGUCAAUUGGCCAACUCUUUUUAAGAGGUUGCUCAAGAAUGAUGAUGAUGGUGAUGAUGAUGAUGAUGAUGAUGAUGAUGAUGAUCGUUCAUUUAGGGAACCCAAACACAUGUGGUUCUUGUAUGAUGCCAAUCAAUAUGUAAGACUUUCUGAGAAGCAGUAUAGGUCACACCAACAAUCAAUUGCUAAAGGCUACAAGCUCUGUACAGUUUUCAGAAAUACUGGAAGCAUCUUUGAUCAGUCAAAGAAGUACUAUGUGGGUCAUUCAUCAGUAGAAUGUAUCAAGUUAGGGCACAAUAUACAGGGAUUAGAAAUCAAGUGGGAUGAAUCGCUAACAAUGAACAGAAAUGAUAAGGAAGGUGCUGGUGCAAGAUGCAUUGUAAAGCAUAUCAAAAGCCUCCAAAAAAACAAAGUUGAGGGCAGAGACAUCUGCAUUCUGACACGAAAUGUAGAAAUUCGAGAUGGUAUCAGUUCAGAGCUCGAGAAACUGGGAAUUGAGAGUCAAAAUGCAGAAGACCUGUAUUUAAAUUUUGCACCAAACAAAGUAGUGGUUGAGAGCAUCAGGCGUUUUAAAGGGUUGGAGUCCAAAGUGGUGGUUCUUUACGACCCACCAUUUUUGCAAGGCAAAGACUGGAUCAGUAGGAGGACAAAGGAACUUCUAUACACAGCAGUUUCUAGAUGCUUCUGUUAUCUCAUUGUGAUAACAACUGAGUAUGGUGGCAAGGCUUUAAAAUCAGAUGAGGGGAUAAGUGAUCAAGAGAACAAAGGACCCCUUGCAAAAAGAGGCAUUGAAACCUGCUCCAAGAGUGGCCCUUCAGAGUUCUCCCCCAAGCGUUCAAAAAGAUCGUGAUGAUCCUGAUGAACUGGAUGAAACCAAGAACACAGGUGCUAUAAAACUCUUGCAAAAUGAAGGAGCUGACCUUCUGUUUGAAAAAAGGGCAAAAACCACACAGAAAUUAACCCAUAUCCACAACAACUUUAAUCUUUUGUUUCUCAAUUUAUGUUGGUGAUGGUUUAUGGAUUCAUUUUUGCAUAAUAUGGAAACACCUGUUGCAAAGAUUUGUCCUACGACUUAAUAGGUAUUGGUAUUGAUAUAGAUUUUAUGUUGAUUUUUUUUGUCGAGUAAAACAGUAUGAUAAUGGCUCUUAACGCGUCUCAGCCUUGAGAAGGCUGGUGCUGUUUGGUAAUGUGACAAAUAGCUGGAUCAACAUUGCAUACUGCCAAAAUAAAAAUUUCAAAGAUGGCUAUGGUACUGUUAGAUGUAGUUUGGGAUAACCCUUAUCCUAUGGAGGGCACUCGAGCCUUCCCGAAGCUGGAUUAUUUGAAACUAGAUAGCCUGAUUACUGGCAUAGAUAUGAGACUAAAUCUUUACUCCCUAACAUUAGUAUGCAUAUUCUCCCAACUAUUCUCUAUACAUUUCCUAA